UAUUUAUAAGUCUUCAAAAGCUCUAUAAAAAACUCAAAGACAUGCAAAAUUUCAAACGUAAGAUAAGAUUGCAGAGAGUCAAAACAAAUAAGAAGGCGAAGUCACUCUUAUACACAAAACGUUGCAAACAUAAGAUUGGAUUGUGUGGAGAGCCAAAACAAGAAGGCAAAGAGUAAUGACAGGAGAACCUUCUCUAUGCAUUAGAGGAUGUGGCUUCUUCAGCACGUCACAGACAAAGAACCUCUGCUCUAAGUGCUACAACGAUUUCUUAAAGGACGAGUCUGCCAGAUACUUGGCCACUUUGAACAACAACUCGAAAACAGCAGCAGAGGCGGCCGAAGAGGUCACAGCUGCCGAGAAGGCGACUGCGGUGGAGGUGAAGAAGAAGAGUAGUAGAUGCAAUAGUUGCAAGAAGAAGGUGGGAUUGCUAGGGUUUCAGUGUAGAUGUGGCCACAUGUUCUGCGGGACUCACCGUUACCCGGAGGAGCAUUCUUGUCCAUCUGAUUAUAAAGCUGUCGCCAUUCACGAGUUAACCAAACAAAACCCUAUCGUCAAGGGUGAUAAACUCUUCAAACUUUAA